AUGUGGCAUUCGUAUUUUGGUUAUAAUAUUCCCCAGGGAGUCUGUCUUGGACUUCUUGGUCUUGAAACUAAACUUAAGAGUGCAUGUUGCGACCUCGUAUUCGCUAAUUCACAAGUUGAAGCUGAGUGGCAUCGCUGGGAGUCAGAGCGGGUCAAGGAAACAGCAGAAGCACUGAGCACUCUGUCAAGUGCCUAUGUCGCUUACUGGAGUAGUUUAGCUGAAUCUUGGCGCGAUGUUAAUGCCCUCUUAAAUAACCCUCCUCAAAGCACCAAUGCGUCUGGUAAUGUCGUUGAAACGGACCUUCUACUGGAGUCGACUUCGGUAGAUGCCACUCCAACAGCUACCGAGUUGACAAAAGACAGCCUCCUUAAAUCAAAUUCAGUAGAAAUUACUUCAUGCCAUGGAUGCUCUCCUAAUGUACCUGACUUAUCAUCUUUAUCGAAGGAUACUGGAAGGAACCUCGAAGACCAAAAGGAGAGAGAGUGGACGGUUGUAGACUUGUCAGAUUCUCCAUGUGUUGAGAAGAAGUUAGAAUCCACGGCAAUAGAAUCUGACUAG